AUGUUGACUUACAUGUCUAAGAAUGUACAUUCAACAGUUUUUCUUUGUAAACAUAAAUUUUUCCGUAUGCAAAAUUUACAUGUAAAUCUUCCUAAAAAUAUGGAGUUUACAUUUUUAACAUGUCUCAAACUAUGUUACUGUAGUCAACUACCAAUAAUAAUAAACUUCUAUCAAACUUAUUAA